GCCAUAUGGAAGAGACCGGUCGUAUAAUGCCACGUAAAACUUGAACAAAACCAUUCGUUGCGUGUCAAAUUAAGAAGCAGACGUCUAAAAGGCUUCACAGCAUAAAAUGGAAAAUUAGAAGAGCCAUUCAAGGAGUGAAGAAUUGCACAGGAGCCCAGACCAUACAUCUUAAAGAAGACAGUUGAUUUGAUAUUUUCAUAACCCAUUGAAAAGAUUCAAAAGACGAUCAGUUAUUGUGACUUGACAAAUUUUAAUGUCAUCCUACACUCCAAGUCACAAAAACAAGUGCAGUAGAAACAUAGGUCACAAGAUUAACAGGGGCCACCCUUUUACUUCACAAUGUCCAGAAAAAGAGUCAGUUCAGAAAAUAGUCAAAUGAAUCGUAAAGUACAUCAUCUGAUGUCCAAUGACGAUGCGGAGUCGGAAAUGAUAUUUCAGCAUGCACCGCUCCACAUGCAUCUGCCGAGCAAAGAGAGAGAGGAGCGGGGCGGUGAAGAAGAGGAAGAAAAUGAAUCGCAAAAUCACAGCCUUGACGGUGACAGAGGCAGUAUACUCUUACUCACAUUUCUUUACGUACUUCAAGGAAUUCCACUCGGACUUAGCGGCAGCAUUCCAAUGAUUCUCUCUAGUCGCCACGUCAGUUACAAAGACCAGGCGAAAUUCAGUUUCGCAUUUUGGCCAUUCAGUGUGAAACUCCUCUGGGCACCCAUUGUGGACGCUGCCUAUUUCUCCAAAUUCGGACGUCGUAAAACGUGGCUGGUUCCGACACAGUAUCUGAUUGGACUUUUUAUGAUUAUACUCUCCUUGCAUAUAUCAGACGUUUUAGGAGAGAAUGAGGGCGAGAACAGCAAUGUGAACGUAGGGUUUUUGACAGCGGUGUUUUUUGCCAUGAACUUCUUGGCAGCUACUCAGGAUAUAGCAGUAGAUGGAUGGGCUUUAACUAUGUUGUCUAGAAAAAAUGUUGGCUGGGCCUCCACUUGUAACACUGUAGGACAGACGGCAGGCUAUUUUCUAGGAAAUGUAGUAUUCCUGGCCCUGGAAUCUCCUGACUUCUGCAACAAAUAUCUCAGAAAUAUUCCUCAGAAGGAAGGCCUGGUCACUCUUGGAAGCUUCAUGUAUUUCUGGGGCAUUGUGUUUUUUAUCACAACAACUUUGGUCGGUCUUUUCAAGACAGAAAAACCAAAUGAAGAUGCUGACCAAGAUCAAACUAUAGCGGACACUUAUAAACAGCUGGUUAAGAUUAUCAAAUUACCUGCUGUUAAGACAUAUAUUGUGAUUUUAUUAACAGCCAAGAUCGGCUUUGCAGCUGCAGAUGGAAUUACUGGCUUGAAGCUAAUCGAAGCUGGCGUGCCAAAGGAACGCCUGGCUCUCCUUGCAGUUCCUAUGGUCCCCAUAGAGAUAAUACUCCCUCUGUUACUAAGUCGCUACACAGCAGGUCCGAGACCCAUGGAUGUAUUUAUUAAGGCAAUGCCUUGGAGAUUAGUCAUAGGAUUGAUAUAUGCUGUAUUGGUGUGGUGGGCCCCAUCAACACAGAUGGCGUCUGGGGAAUUCCCGCUUUAUUUUUAUGGAGUGAUAUUGUUUUUCUUUGCCUUACACCAGGUGGCAGUUUAUAGUAUGUUUGUGUCCACAAUGGGGUUCCAUGCUAAGAUCAGUGAUCCAGCUAUAGGUGGUACCUACAUGACACUACUCAAUACUUUGUCUAAUCUAGGCGGGAACUGGCCCACCACAGUAAUGUUAUGGUUCGUGGAUUCACUCACAUGGAAAACAUGUUCUGGUUCAAUAGGGCAGUGCAACAAUGCUGCAGAAGAAAAGCUGUGCACGGAUUCAGGAGGAAAAUGCAUCACGUCAUUGGACGGCUAUUACGUAGAGUCACUGGUUUGUUUCUUUAUUGGUUUCGCAUGGCUUUGGUGGCAAGCCAGAAAAACGAAGAGACUACAAGGAUUAUCAGAAAAAGACUGGAAAUGCAGCACUUGAUUGAUAAUUGUUUAUUAAAUUUUUUGUGAAAUAAGUUAUAAGGAUAGAUAUAUUCUUUAAAAGGAAAAAUAUAUCUGAAUAAACCUGAAUCUAAGUUACAGCAGCAGAUCCAGUAUCCUGGGAAGAUUAACUUGUUGCCUUUCUCACUAUGAUAGGGUAUUAUUGAAAAAAGACUUAUUGAAAAAAGACUAAUCACAUCUUCGGCAUGGCUAACAGCAGCCAUUAAGAAAUAGGGUUCAGUUUCACUGCCUUUUAGGUUCAGACUAAUUUACCUGUAACGGGUCAAAUUAUACAAAAAUGCUGUCACUGCGCACACGUGAAAUGUGACAUGUCACAGACAGUUAAAGGGAUAAUAACUCUUCGUUUCGGCCAAAAAAUGAGUUUUCCUGGAGUAAACAACAAUUUUCCGAUACUU